AUGUGUACGAUAACAGUUUUGAUUCUGCUGGAUGUUGGUGUAGCGAUGGUGAUGGGUGCCUUCGACUUUAUCCCGCAGGAACUGCCCUUUCAACCGAAAUUUGGUUGCGUCGUGAUUGUCCUUGAUGGCGCCCCGGAGCCCUAUCGACUCACUAGCACAGCUCUGGUGCAUAUUGAACUCACCGAUGUAAAUGAUGAACCCCCAAAAAUUGAGAUCCUUAUCGCUCAGAACGGCCAGGAUCUCUUGUUCAGCGACUCCAGGGGUUGGCAGUCUCACAUUAACUCAAUGACCACCUCACAACAACAACAGCAACAAGAGCUUGUGGCCUACAUAGAGGAGACGCCUUCGCCUGACACGGUGAUCGCCUACGUACAGCGUUAUUCGCAUCUCAUUGCUGAUCGAAGCAGGUGGUUGAGAAUUUCAGGCGGCAGCUGCGCCCACCUGUUCCUUAUGCCGCCGCCCCGAGCUCCCGGUCCAGUCGACAUUUCGGGUUCUCGACCGAUUACUUGCCUGCUUGCCGCAGUCCUCGUAGCAACUGCCCUAUUUCCGCCCCCCGAUGUCCCUCCCCCCUCCUUCUCUCAUCUCCCCUCUCCCCUUCAUCCCCUUCGUCCGGCCAUUGCGCCCAACUGUUGA